UCGAAGAAUCGGUUGGCGAGCAGGCAGAUUUGCUCGAUAGAGUGACAGUCGGAACACAGUAUGAAAUUAGCUGUCACGAAAAAAGACUGUACUUUUUUUGGGAAAAUUAUGAAUAACUAUUGUAAAACAGUGUGAAGCAAAUUAAUUCAAGUGAAACAGUGUAACAUCGAACAACAACAACAGUUUGUAGAUCGAAUGUCACUAGCAGUAAAAUUAAUUCAUGCUGAGUGUUUUAUACAUAUCAACAAUAACAACAAAGAGCGAUUAGCGAUUAUUUAUUGGACGAUAAGUGCUGUGCUGUGAAUCGAUUGCAAGAUGACCGAUAGAGACGAAGCUUCUAACGAGGUACCGGCUUACUUGCUGCCUUCAGAAACAACGACUCCGAAUAAAGAGUUAGAUGACACUGCUGGAAAUAAAUCCAGAGACGAGAGACUUUCACUGGUGUCAGUUCCGAUUGUGACAAAAGCAAGUAGACGCGAGGAAGAGUGUGGAGUAUCAAAUCAUGAAAGUAUCGAAAUCUUUCGCGAUUUUACUAGUGGAGAGUACAUCAAAAAAAUGCUACCGACAAAAAAGAGGAUUGAUCAAUUGGCUUUCUCUGCACGACUUUGCCAUGGAGAUUUGGACAUUACAUUGUAUAACGAAGGCUGUCUGAUGAUGGCGGAUGAUAAUUUUGUGGCUAAAGUACAAAUUAAUGAUCCACAAUCGAUCAGUCAAGCUGCCAAUUUUGAUGAAGCAAAAAGAAAUCUGCUUCUGAAUCUACGGAUUUUGAAUGUUCUGCAGGAUGAUUUGACGACUGAACGAGAAGCACUGCAGUCUUCGAUAGUAAAGACAAUUCAGAAUGUUCUACAACAGACGUUGAAGGGCGCAAACUGUUCGGAGAACGUUCAAUUGUGUUAUUUAAUAAGCAUAAUAAGCACGCAUUCCGAGAGUCUGGACUUUAGCCAGUUUUGCGAAGCUAUAGUAGCAAACAAGUUAAUAAGCACAGAAUUGCGUUCUAGCGCAGCGUCAUUUUUGGAACUCAGCGCUCGUAGUACUGCAAGAGAUAAGAUUUUGGGAAUAUGGGAUGAUCAUCACCAGACGGUGAAACCUAGUGCAGAAGUAAUCACUCAAUUACGAAGGAUUCUAGAAGAAAAUGUAACAAACUACAGGAGGCAACUGUUGGAAAUAGCACCAAGCUGCUUAGAAAACUUUCUCAGCAAUUGCAGUAGCGAACAAAUUCUCUUCGUUCAUAAACAAGAUGUUGUUUUAUUCUUCGAUAUGACAAAAGACUUGGAUGCAGAUAUAUUUCAAAAACCACUGGCUGACCUUGCCGUUCGUUGGAUUAGUUCUGUGGAAACGUUAACAGGAACAAAACAGAUUCCAGUUAAUGGAUUAAUCAAUACGAUUUUUCAUCUUCUGGCAAAAAGCUUGCAAGACUUGAUCGUUGAAAUAAGUGAUAGAACAGACCACAAACCGGAAGAUCUUCUCACUAGUAACGGUGCUGGAUGGCAUUCGAUAAAAAAGAUUACUUGGAGGUCUGAGAGUUCGUUCACAAAAUGUGUGGAGAAGGAAUAUUUCUUUAUCUUUAAGCUCCUGAAGCAUUUUGAUCUGAGUUGUGAUGGUAAAAAACGUUCAUUCGAAUAUAACGUUGAGUUGUUCGACGAACGAAAACAACAUUUAACAUUGAUGCAACUCGUGAGAUUUUUAAAACCAAUUUUAGGUGGUGAGAGAGGAAGUGAAAACAAUUCAUCUAAAAUAGCUGACGAGACGUACAUUUGGUGUUGGCUACUAAGUGACGUUUUUUUUCACACUCUGCCAGCGAAUUUUGAUUUGGAUUGCUUCGAAGCCAUCUUCGAGGGAUACGUGGAUUUUAUGAUUAGAGCAGGUCCGGAUCAGAUGGAAAUGCUUCGUGUUAUUACUCACAGUACAGUUCGUUUCAUGGUUCAAACAAUGACCUUUCUGGCACAUACAGAUUGCUCCACGAUUGAUCACCUUAUUUUGCAAAAACAGCUUAACUUAAUUAAUGCUAAGUUUAUUCAAUCCUCUCUCAUUCCAAGCAGCUUCCAAAAUUUGGUAAAGGAGUUCAUCAAAUAUUGGAAAUAUAGAGAGGAUAUUAUUUCUAAGAUUCCUACCAAAAUAUGUCUCCCAGAGAUGGAAUCACUGAAGCAGACUCUGUUGGAAAUUGUUUCGGUUGCGUUGGACAAAACUAUUGCCAAAUCAGUCUUGGAACCCUUCUUUAGGUCGUAUUGUGAGUUUUUGGUGGUUUUAAAUGAAGUUCGAUUGGAUUGGUAUGUCAAAGCAGUGCCUGAUGUGAGCUUGAAAAUGUUAGAAGAUUUAAAGCUAAUUGAACUAAUCAACGACAAAUGGGCCACAACAGAGCAUAAAACUUAUCGGGUCAUAUCGGUCGAAAAAUUUGCCAAAGCAGCAGCAUUGCUUCUUGAGAGUUCUUUACACCCAAAGCAUUAUGUUAUUGAAGUUUUACUAACAAUGCUUUCGUACGUUAAAAACCAACUGACGAAAAUCCAAUGGAAAUCUGGUCAUGAACUAUCCGCAACGGAACAAAUCUGUACGACUAAAGAGCUUCUGAAUGCGGUGAGAAAGUGUUGCCCUCACCUCAGGAAACAACCUGAUUAUACAUCAUUCGAGCUGUUCCUGAAUGAACGGAUCAAGCCUUUUGCAAACGCCAUUGAUAACAGUAACUCUCAUGCAGACUUAACAAAUCAAAUCCUUUGGAUCAAUAAACCAUACACGAGAUUCAUUCGAAAACAAAACGAAAUGAACAUUGACGAAGCGUUGAAGUUGUUCGAAGAAUUAAACAGCGCAUCCGAACUAGAAGUUCUACGAUCUGCAUUCCAAAAAUAUGACGAAACUUUUCACCAGUUUCUUGAGACUUCGCACGAUGUUUCAGAAGCAUCUCGAGUUGCGAACAAAGUUUCUACUAUCAAGUUCCAGAAGCCAUUUAAAACCUGGAGCAACGAUGACAAACGAGAACAAAUACCAGAGCUCCUGGCAGGGUUGGCAGUUGUUUGGUCUAUUCUAGAAUCCAAGGAUGUUUCAAGAACUGGAGGAUUUCUUACUCCUAACUGCAUUCAGAUUCUGUGCGUGCUCAGACUGCUGAGUGUUGAUCAAACGAAUGAAGGUGUUGAAAUUCAAUGCGCACAAAUUCUAAGUGGGCAAGGAAAAUCAUUGGUCUUUGCUCUGACAGCUGCUUUAUUGGCGUUGACUGGUCAUAAUGCUCGGAUAGUUUGCAGCAAUGACAAGCUGGCAUCAAGGGAUAGACAAAACUUUCAGCAAUUCUGUACAUUAUUCAAUGUUGAAGAAUCCAUUGUUUAUGGUAUAACACAACAAUUUUGCCGUGAAAUAAUUGAAAAUAUGGAACUGACAAACCUAGCGAAAAUGUGGCUGGCCAAAAAAGAGACGAAACAUAAUAGACUGUUUUUGAAAGAUUCGCGUAAUUCAGUUGUUCUAAUAGAUGGUGUUGAUUGUUUUGUAUCUGCAUUUUAUAGGUCAUUUGUGACGUUCUUUUUUUUAAUGAUUAGUGUCGCGAUCGCCUUUGGCAUAGGUUUCGUGAUUCGUAGAACUUAGGGUUUUGUAAUAAAUUUAAUGAAAUGUUAAGUUACAGUU